CUCAUGAUAGCAGCCAACCAGGAUCGAGAGGAUGUUGUUCGCCUCCUCCUCGACAAGGGCGCCUAUAUCGAGGAUCGUGAUGAGAACGACUGCACUGCCCUUCACUUCGCAGCAGAGAAGGGACAUCUCGGUAUAACUCUCCUGCUCCUCGACAAGGGGGCACAGGUCGAGGCCCGUGACAUAGACGGAUGGACACCGCUUUACCUUGCCGUUUGGAACUGCCAAGAAAACGUUAUAGCGCUUCUGCUGAGCCUA